AUGAUUGAACAUGAAUGGCCUCAGAAUUGGCCGGAAUUAUUCGACCAAUUGGAUCAGUUGUCAUCCACAUCAACAAUACACGCACAAUUACCGUUCAUAAUACUACAACGUCUCAUUGAAGAUGUUAUCACAAUGGGAACCGUUGAGAACGUAUCUAGACGUAGAGAGUUGAACAACGCUAUCAGCUUGCGAUUAUCAGCUCUUUUUCAAUUGAUUUUGUAUAACCUUUGGAUAGUGAGCAUGAUAAACGUGAAUAACGAGUACAAACUUCGAUACUUUCAAGCUGACUCAGUAUUAUUGGCUCGAUGCGCGAUAUGUUUGCUGAGUGAAAUAGUCGAGUGGGUGUCAGCAAAAGUUCUUGAACCAUUUCUCAACGAUAUCCUCAAAGUUAUUUGCGAAUAUCUCAAAAAGCCUCAGUUGUCGAUUUAUGAGUUCGCAGCAAGAUGUCUGUGGCGUUUGUCGUCUCGUCGUCGUGCAAAAAAUGACGAAAAUAUAAUUGUUGUGGCAUUAUUCGGAGAUUUACCAAUGAAAACGAUACUCGAUUCGGCUGUAGAAUCAGCAAAUGUGAACGCAGAAAAUGUAGAACAUUAUCGAUAUUUGAAAGUGAUCUGUGAUAUAUUGUCAGCACUCGGAACACAUUUAUGUGACGUCUGGCAAAAGGAACCACCGAAUUUCGAUAUGUUUCUGUUGGCAGUCGACGCAUUCUUCCAGCAUCCCUCACUAUAUCUACGAAAUGAGUCCUCAAAUGUAUUGGUAUCAUUUAUGAGUGAUGCGAAGAUUUGUCACAAUCAAAUGUUCAGUGAAUUAACCUCACGAAUAAUAAUCGAAAUACCAAAACUCAUUCAAAAAAUUGGUUUGCCAUCUUCAAAUGAUUCAAGCAGUUGUGCAUAUUCACAGAUUGAUUACGACGACGAUAUGCAGUUUAUGCACGAUUUCAUUCAAUUUCGUGAUCGUUGUAUUCGUAUCAUUCGUUACGCGUGUGCUGAUGAAAAACAUGCGCCAAAUUUAUGUAAAAUUGUUGAGGAUUGGAUCCGAAAUCGUUGUAUUUCAUCACCUCAGUGUGUAAGUGAGAUGGAAUGGGAUGCAAUGCAGCGCUAUUCAAGAACGGUGUUGUCGGGUUGUCAUGAAGAGAAACACAUCACUGAGCAACAGAUGAACGUUUUCACAGAGCUCUUCGAUGGUGUCUUAUCACAAAUAUCAACCUCAACAGAUAUUACUCUCAUAAAUCGAUUGCUCUCCGUAGUCUCAUCACUUUUCAUCAUACUAACAACUCGACCUGACCGUUUGUCUUCAUUCCUUAUUCAGGUACUAUUUCAGAUUCGGCGUUUAUUAGUUGAUGUGGUGGACGAUGAUAAAACGAUGAAACGGCAUUGUUUAUCAGUUUUACUUCGACUAAUUACAGCGUUCUCGGAUGCAGUUAAGGAUCAAGCGGAGUCGAUAUUGGAGUUGUGUUUGUCGGUACGUAAUUCAUUAUCGUUGAUGCAGCAGGCUACGUGUACACAUCUGCUGGCAGCGCUGUCUAAUUUAUGUGUUGACUUCAAUGUACAACAUAAUUUCCUGGUGUCGACAUUGCACGAUUCAAUUGCUGCUCUAAAAAGCGAUGCUCAAUUCUUAUCAUAUAUCGGUUUUACAUCCCAAGCGCCGUUGACUAAUGACGAUGCACAACUGUCAUUAUACGUAUCUAAUAGGCGUUAUUUGCGGUCACAUUUAAGUGCUGUCGAAGGUGUUCUGACACAAGUACGAUCAAUUUCACCUCCACUUCAUCCUGCAUUCUCCAUUAUUCAACCUAUUUUGCCGAUUAUCUUCUCACUAGUUGAGCGAUUAAAUUCUUUACAUCGACCACAAACUGUUAAUCAAAUUCAUCAUUCCUAUGGACCGACUGUUAUCGAGAUCACUGAUUCUGAUCGACAGCAAUUAAUUUCUGCAAUUGAUCCUCUGUCAGUAUGCUCAUCUCGAAUUUCCACUGAGGACCCACGAGACCAUGCGCGUUGUUUCAUAUCGGAUAUUACCGAUAGCAUUCAGUCAAUAACCGGUCUGUUAGCGAGCAAGAUGGCGAAUGAAUUGUUCGCAGAGUUGUCGUUGCAUAGUUGGUUGUUGCAGUUGGUGUCGCACAUUGAUGUCGUUCCUGAUUUCAGAAUUCGUUUCUGGAUCAAACGUUCAUGGCGGCCGAUAUCGAACUGUUGUCCAGAAUCGGCGUACAACAAGAUUCGAGCGAUGUUCAUCAAAAUUUUAUCGGAGAUCCAAACGCGAUUGCAGGCAAGAUGGGAGCAAUUGGCGCAUGUCGAAAUUUGUGAAGAGCCGUCAUUAGAACAGUUGUAUAACGAGCAUAUGGUAUGUGUGCUGACACGUGAAUGCGUCAACUUGCUACGAUCAAUUCUUAAUAUUUCGGAUUCUUCGUCAUCAGCUCCUUCAUCAAAUCGUUCGUUUCACCAUAGUACUGUCUAUAUUUAUGACGAUAAAAAGGAGGAUCCAAUCUGUUUUGUAACUGCACAAAUCGGUCAAGAUAAGGAGGCAGUUGAGAUGAUGGUUGCGCUAUCAUUUUCUUGUUUGACGUGUCGUGAUACAACUUCUUCAAUUAGAAUAGCUCCAGUAUGUAAGGCACUCGUUGAUUUCAUCAAAAACAUGGUUAUUAUCACGUUUCAUAAACUUUAUUCAUUAUUCAUUCACUCGUCAUCAUUGAUUUCAGUAGUAUCAAAUCAUUUGAAGCUCUGCUUUUAUUCAUUUUCUUUUUUU